UUUAGCAACCCAAGCAACAUUUGGAAAUCUCUCUUUCUUUCUCCGUUGUGCCUGCAAGAUCAAAGCAGCAUGUCUUUUAUUAAAGUGGACGAGAAUUCCCAUUUCCCCAUUCAAAACCUGCCUUACGGAAUCUUUUCCACGCAAGACGAGCCCAGACACAGGAUUGGAGUAGCCAUUGGUGAUCAGGUGCUGGACCUCAAUGUUGUUAAACAUCUGUUUGAUGGACCUGUCCUUUCAAAGCAACAACAUGUCUUUGAGCAGUCGACUCUCAAUGCUUUCAUGGCAUUGGGCUGGGAAGCUUGGACCGAGGCCAGAUCACAGCUGCAAAAGAUUCUCUCUGACAAAGAGCCAACACUCAGAGAUAAUUCAGAGUUGUGCAAAAGAGCAUUUAUACCUCAAGCGUCUGCAAUAAUGCAUCUUCCAGCUGAAAUUGGAGAUUACACAGAUUUCUACUCUUCUCGGCAACAUGCAACAAACGUCGGAAUGAUGUUUAGAGGAAAGGAGAAUGCGCUGAUGCCCAACUGGUUGCACCUACCAGUUGGGUACCAUGGACGUGCUUCUUCUGUUGUCAUAUCUGGGACCCCAAUCAGAAGACCGGUGGGCCAAAUCUGUCCUGACAGUAAAAGUCCACUUGUUUCUGCUUCCAAACGUUUGGACAUUGAAUUAGAAAUGGCAUUUUUCGUCGGACCUGGAAACACGCUUGGAGUACCCAUCCCCAUUGGUGAAGCUCACAAGCACAUCUUUGGAAUGGUGCUCAUGAACGACUGGAGCGCUCGUGACCUUCAGAAGUGGGAGUAUGUCCCCCUAGGUCCGUUCCUGGGCAAGAGUUUUGGCACCACUAUCUCUCCAUGGGUUGUCACUAUGGAAGCUCUGAUGCCCUUUGCGCUGCCAAAUCCUAUCCAGGACCCCAAGCCCCUGCCUUACCUUUGUGAUGACCAGCCUUAUACUUUUGACAUAAACCUCUUCGUUGCUAUAAAAGGAGAUGGUAUGAGCAAGCCAGAAAAUAUUUGCAGGUCAAACUUUAAGCACAUGUAUUGGACCAUGAAACAGCAGCUAACUCACCACACGGUUAACGGUUGCAACCUCAGACCAGGAGAUCUUUUGGCCUCUGGAACUAUUAGUGGGCCAGAACCUGAGAAUUUUGGAUCCAUGUUGGAACUAUCCUGGAAUGGGACCAAAAGUAUCGAUCUCGGGCAUGGUCAAUCCCGAACAUUUCUGCUGGAUGGAGAUGAGGUCAUUAUGACAGGAUACUGUCAGGGAAAAGGUCACCGAAUUGGUUUUGGUGAAUGUUCUGGAAAAAUCCUUCCUGCCAGAACGAUCUAAGAAGGUGUUGGCAAACCAUACAAAAUGGAGACGUUUGGAGAUAUUUCUACGUUUGGUUGACAUAAAGAAGUAUAAUACUA